AGUAUUGGCUUUAAUCGUAAAAAGUAAGUUUUGGAUUGCAAAUCUUUAUACUAAAUAAACUGUCGCAAAAAUAUUUAAAUUUGUGGCGAAGUGAUUGCAGCGCAUCGUACGAAAAUAAAUUGAUAGUGCUUACGGUCAAGUUAUAAUGAUUCCGCCGAUUGCAUUGAUUCUCAACAGCUUCGUAAUGUUGACACUUGCCGAACCACCGUCAUCCGAUAUAGAAUGGCAACGGUUAAAGCCGAAGUACGACGAAGUUCAUUUUACGCCAACACAAUUUCCCAUAAUCGAUAAUGGAAUAUUAACAAAUGGUAAAACGAGUGCAAAAAUGUCUGGAACUGAAGAUUUAAACGAAGACUCAGAUAUAAUUUUCUGUGAUAAAACGCAACAUAAGAAAGUAAUGGAGUUAUUACUCCGAGACAUUCAACGGGGUAAUCAUCUAUUGCUAGUUGAGAACUGGGGAUUGAAAAAUAAAAAAAUCGCAGACAGUCUGGUACAACAUUUGAAUCGCCCUAUGAAAUAUACACAAUUGCACCGCGAUUCAACCAUACAGUCCUUGACAGUACACCCAACUAUCAAAAAUGGAACAGUCAUUUACGAAGAUUCACCACUCGUCAAAGCCGUUAAAUAUGGCCAUGUGUUAGUUGUGGAUGAAGCGGAUAAAGCGCCAACAACAGUGACAAGUAGCUUAAACACUUUAAUGGAAAAUGGAGAGAUGGUACUGAGCGAUGGCAGAAGGAUAAUUUCCAGGAAAGUUAUGAAUAGUUCUGGAGGAAAACCAUCUGGUACUAUUCCUGUGCACGAUGAUUUUAGAAUGAUAAUCAUGGCUAGUCAAACUGGAUUUCCGUUCUUGGAAAAAUACUCUUCUACACCUGUAGGUAAUUUUAACGUUGAAAUAAUCAACUUUUCGUAUUUACUUUUAGGAUUUGCUAUAAUUUAAAUUGUUGAUAGUACUGGUGAUAGUAGCAACAGAGUCCUUCUUAGCUUAUAAGUCUCACUAAUACUGGUCCUGCAAUUUUCGGGAUGGUACUUCACAAUCUGCCAGAAGUCACGAUAUGAUUGAAGCUUUCCCUUGGCGACAUUUAAAUACUUACGAUGACAUGCUUGAUACUGCUAUACGUGGUGGAGCAAUGCUGGGGUUGAAGCAUGAAAAGAAUGACUCGAACCCUAAAUAACAAAACGCGGAUAUCACUGCAAAACAGCAGAAUAAUAGUGCUCUGUUUUUUUAUGGUAAAUGACGAGAACCGGAGACCCUGUUUACUUUUCAUAAGACAUUUAAUAUUAAUCCUCAAAGGUUACAAUGAAAAAAAGAAAUAUAAUAAAAUAAAUAAUAAUAUAAAAAAAGAAAAUAAAUGUAGAUGUCUAUAGCUUACAGAAUUCACUUACUACCAGUAAGUGAACUAGUGCGUAAGUGUGCAUCCACAGUAAAUGCGCGGCGACUAGGGCCUGUUGCGGGUGCGACGGCGGGAGCGGGCAGUGGCCACAGUGACGAACGAUGUUGGAGUGCUUAGACCGUAUUUCAGGUGUUGCAAACCGUGAUGAUCUGAGACAUUACGAUCCUGAGAUGGGAGAUGUUGAACAUAAGAGAGGGUAUGCACGAAAUAAAUAAGAACAGAGAAAUAAAUGCAGGUCAUGAAGACAGAGGUGUGUACAACGCCAGUUUGUCGCUGCCACCGAGAGAUCGUUUGCGCCGCCGCCGUCAAGUUUCAUCAUCAAAAAAUCAUGAGAUAGGCAUCACCGUCAAAGCAGUUGGCUCUAACCCAGCGGUCACCACUGUCGUGAUGGGCUCCGAUGGCACGGGACCACAUACUGCUACAGCAAUAGCCUCGGGUACAGCAGUCGCUAUUGCAACAGCAUUGACCUAUGGUACGGGAGCCUCGACAGCUACCGCAGUUGCUGACGGCAAAUCAGUUGCCACCGCUAUAGCACACUCAUACGACGUAGGAGUCGCCACUGCCACAGUUAGCACUCAUGACUCAUCAUCUGCAGAAGCUACAGCGCACGCACACAACAAAGGAGUCGCUACCGCCACAGCAAACGCGUCUGGCUCAAAAGUCGUCAUGGCCAAGGCGAUUGCCAAAGGCAACCAAGUGAUCAUCGAUACACAAACUAAGCCGUGAACCUAGAUUUAUAAGAAAUUUUAAACAUGUUAUAAAAUAUAACGAAUUUAAAUAUACUUGUGGUCAGUAAGAAAAUGGAUGUUCAUUGAAAAGUCGGGCGAUUGAAUCUGAACAG